CAUUAACAGAGGAAGAAGCAGAAGAAGCACCUUUCGCUUGCGGCUGUGGUUCCGGCCACCGUUUGGCCCAGCCGUUGACUUUCAAAUCCCGGAUUUUCCAGUGCCACACCUCUCGCGCAAGUCGAAAUGUCCCCGGUGGUCGCGAUGCUGCCGCUGAUCUAUCUGGUGGCCCUGAGCUCAGCCCGUGCGCCUUUACCGCGUACGCACAGGACAACGAUGCCGCCUUUCACGAGGCAGUUCUCGGAUCUACCAGACUACGACACCUACCGCUUCGUGGAGCGCCUGAGAUCCGAGCAAGCUCGUCAACUUCGUGCGGGCGGCGGCAGAACCAAUGAAACUAGCCGCAGUCUCUUGCCGUCUCGAAUGCGACCGCUAAAGCCGGUCUGGUUGCUUCUUGGUAACAGAAGCGUACGACAGGACCGUGGGGCUGAUAGCCGCCGUGCCGCCGAUGAUUCUAGUUCGGACGUUCGUGUCAAGGUGCUCCAGUUUAUGCAGGAUCACCAGCUCAUUUUUUAUGUAGCGUGCUCUUGCGUGCUGACGGGCGUAGUCGUACUGGUUACCCUCAUGGUCCUCUACGGCGGCCAUCGCGGCUCCGAGGCCAGGAGCGGGAUGUACGGUGAGUCGUACGCUCUGCUCGACCGGCGACCGCUACUCGGCAAAAGAGGAUCGGCCAUCGAGGAGUACAGCGAUGAGGAAGAGGAGACGGCCAUUGACGGCAACAACGCACGCGGCACUGGAGCGGGACGACGACGUCCACUCGAACGCUCUGCUGGUUCUGUGCACGACAUCGCCUUCGAGAUCAGCACUUUAUCCGAGAUCGGUGUCGAAGGAAGGGCAACCGGCUGCUCGGAGCUGGAGGAGCCAGCAGAAGGAGACUGCAAGAGCGAACAGGCUCUACAACGACCCAUGGAUGUGUUCCCUAGCCGGCUGUUGGAUCUGUGCAACCAGGACGCACCCCUCACCUUUCUUGCUUUCCUGCCCAACGGAUGUCAGGAUCGAUCCAAGUGGCUUGCCCAUGGUCACCACAGCGAGGUCUUCCAUGUGGCGUCCCCGCGAAAGCGGGCAGUCCUCAAGGUGAUUCCCGUGACGGGGGAUUUCACAGAGCAACGGAUCGACGCCAUCGCAGCAGCCAUCGAGUGCUGCGUCAAACUUAGCAUGCUGAGACAUGGAGUGCGCUACAGAACGCCCAACUUUGUCGAAACGCAAAGGAUCGCAUGCGUGUUUGACCAGUUCCCGAAGUGGCUGCUGCGUGGCGACCAUGGCCUCGGAUCCAGGGACUUCCAGGCAGGCCAGAACCAAUGUUUUCUGACGCGACAUUUCAUCGUGUUGGAGCUAUGCUACGCUGGAAAACCACUCUCACGGAUAACGCUGCGCAGUGCCGUGCAAGGCCGCAGCCUUGUGCUGCAGGCGUCGUGCUGCAUGGCGGUGGCUGAGCGCGCUCUGGGGCUCCGGCACCUUGGCGCGAACCCCGACAAGCUGCUGGUGACGACGACCGAUGCGGCCAGCCUCGAGUACCACCUGCCGGGCAGGUCUCCGCUGACCAUCGACAGCGCAGGCCUCAGGGUGCACGUUGCCGGUUGCUUGUCCUUUGCGCUUGGACCAGAAGCCAAAGAAGAAGACGACACGCCAACUUCGCCACCGCGCGUCAAGAGCGCUCUCAGCAACGCCCCUUCUCACCACAGCAGCGAGGCGCAACGCUUCAGAGGCAACGUGGCGUGGCUUGGUGCCGUGGUGGACAGCGUGGUGCGCAAACUGCGUUCCGAGGUACCCGAGCACCGUGCCCGAGCAGAACGCGGUCUCGUCGAGGAGCUGUUGAUGUUGCAGAGGCGCCUGCAGCAGUGCGACUCUCUCGGCGAGUUCUUCGACACGCUGAGCAUCUGAAGAUGGCACUGCACGCGCCCUCUUCUUGCAUCACCUUAUCGAUCUCGUUUCAUUUUGCUUUUUCUCGUUAAUACCGAGUGGCCCUCGGCGUUUCAUGCUGAAAUAAACGAGGGCGUGAGCGUGCU